GCCACAUAAAAAGCCAUUUUAAUUGAAGUGCCGAAUGUGAAAACGUGUGUGUGAAAAACUUCUCACAAUUUUCACAAUAAACGAUUUGCCCGAGGCCGUAGUGUUUCAGUUUUUUUUUAUUCUUGUAGACACUUUUCCUCGCAUCCUCUUGUUUUUGUAUCAUCGGUUUUUCUUCUAUACUGUGUAGACACUUUCUUAGAAAUCAACUAUUUGAACCGUGAAAUAGAAGAGAAACGGCAAUCAUGGCGCAAGAAGGCAAUUCCGAUAUGUCGACCAAAUUUUCCACAUUAAAUGUAAAUGCAAUGGAAUUUGUGCCUAACUUUGGAGCUCCACCAAGUGCACCGACCACCAAUGCACCAACCGAAGCACCACCGGCUGAAUCGGCCGAAUCACCAGUCCAAGAAGCAGCACCCGUUGAACCAAAAUCACCAGAUGCAUCACCCACAAAAACAGACGAAGAACAACCUGUGUCAGUAGCAGCAGCAACGGAAUCUCUUGACGAUAAAUCGCCGGAUAAUCCUGAGAGCGAAAUGCUUGACAGCUGGGAAGAUGAAGUGGCAACUACACCAGAAGAUGAGGAAGGUGAUGAUUUCGAAGGAGGUGAAAAGAAAGCAAAGAUAGUCAAGAAAAAAUCGCCAACUAUUGAAGAAAAUAAAAGUAAAAAGGAACAUGUCAACGUUGUAUUCAUUGGUCAUGUAGAUGCUGGAAAAUCGACAAUUGGCGGUCAAAUAAUGGCUCUAACCGGAAUGGUUGAUAAACGUACUUUAGAAAAAUAUGAGCGUGAAGCUCGUGAAAAAUCACGUGAAAGUUGGUACUUGUCAUGGGCAUUGGAUACAAAUCAAGAGGAACGUGACAAAGGCAAAACCGUCGAAGUGGGUCGUGCAUUUUUCGAAACGGAAAAGAAGCAUUUCACAAUUUUAGAUGCACCCGGCCACAAGAGUUUCGUACCAAAUAUGAUCGGUGGUGCGGCUCAAGCCGAUUUAGCUGUGCUGGUGUUGUCAGCGCGUAAAGGUGAAUUCGAAACCGGUUUCGAUCGAGGCGGUCAAACGCGUGAGCAUGCGAUGUUGGCCAAAACAGCUGGUGUUAAACAUUUGGUUGUUCUUGUUAAUAAAAUGGAUGAUCCAACGGUGAAUUGGGAUGAAGGACGUUACAACGAAUGCAAGAAUAAUAUUUUGCCAUAUUUGAAAAAACUCGGUUUCAACAUUCAAAAAGAUUUAACAUUCAUGCCAGUAUCCGGCCAACAAGGUCUUGGCUUGAAAGAUAUCGUUCCACCAGAGAUUUGUUCGUGGUAUUCCGGUCCAUCAUUCAUCGAUUUCAUCGAUCAUUUACCAUCGAUGAACCGAAAAGCAGACGGACCAUUCAUUAUGCCAAUCGUUGAUAAAUACAAGGAUAUGGGAACGGUCGUCAUGGGCAAAGUGGAAUCGGGAAGCGCACGCAAAGGACAAAAUCUAUUGGUUAUGCCAAAUCGAACACAAGUCUCAAUCGAUCAACUGUGGUCCGAUGAUUUUGAAGUGACCGCUGUUAGCCCCGGUGAAAAUGUUAAAAUUAAAGUUAAGGGUAUCGAAGAAGAAGAUGUCUCACCCGGUUUUGUUCUGUGCGAUUCGACGAAUCCAAUCAAAGUUGGUCGUAAAUUCGAUGCUCAGCUUGUGAUCUUAGAACACAAAUCCAUCAUUUGUGCCGGCUACUCAGCUGUCAUGCAUAUCCACUGUGCGGCUGAAGAAAUUACAGUUGCUGCUUUGCUGUGCUUAGUCGACAAGAAAACUGGUGAAAAAUCAAAAACACGACCGAGAUUUGUUAAACAAGAUCAAGUAGCUAUUAUGAGAAUUGAGUGCUCUGGUCUGAUUUGCCUUGAAGAAUUCAAACGAUUCCCACAAAUGGGACGAUUCACUCUUAGAGAUGAAAGUGAGUUUAUUCGAUCACAAACAUUUUUGUUACAAAAAAAAAACUAAUUCUUAAUUUCAUUUCAUUUUCAGAUAAAACGAUUGCCAUUGGCAAGGUCUUAAGAGUUAUUGAAUAAAUUGCAUAAAGAAAUACUGAUACAAUAAAAACUCACAAAAAGAAAAACACUUCUGAAACAAUAUAAAUCGAAACACACAAUAGACCUAUCUCUUAAAUGAAUGAGCUAUUAAAAAUCGCUAAUAAAAAAAACAAA